AUGGCGCCUGGUUCUGCGGCAGCGGGUGCUCAGUUCGGUACGACGUCGCUUUAUGUUGGAGAUCUGGAUGCGAAUGUUACCGAUUCGCAGCUUUUCGAUGCGUUUAGCCAGAUGGGUCAAGUUGUAUCGGUUCGUGUCUGUAGAGACUUGGCUACUCGGAGAUCUCUAGGCUAUGGCUAUGUCAACUUCAGCAGUCCCCAAGAUGCUGCAAGAGCGAUCCAGGAAUUGAAUUACAUACCUCUUAAUGGGAAACCUGUCAGGGUUAUGUACUCUCAUCGCGAUCCAAGUGUUCGCCGAAGUGGUGCAGGAAACAUAUUCAUCAAGAAUCUGGACAAGUCCAUAGACCACAAAGCGUUGCACGAUACGUUCUCUGCGUUCGGGAACAUUGUCUCGUGCAAGGUAGCUGUGGAUUCUUCAGGGCAAUCAAAAGGCUAUGGGUUUGUGCAAUACGAAACUGAGGAAUCUGCUCAGAGAGCUAUGGCGCAAUUGAACGGUAUGUUGCUGAAUGACAAGCAAGUGUAUGUUGGACCUUUCCUCAGGAGGCAAGAGAGAGAUUCUACUAGUAACAUAACAAAAUUCACCAACGUGUAUGUGAAGAAUCUUUCUGAAUCAACUACUGAUGAUGAUUUGAAGAACACUUUUGGUGAGUUUGGAAAGAUCACGAGUGCUGUGGUGAUGAAAGAUGGAGAAGGGAAGUCAAAGGGCUUUGGGUUUGUGAACUUUGACAACGCAGAUGAUGCUGCCAAGGCUGUGGAAGCUCUUAAUGGGAAAACAUUUGAUGAUAAGGAAUGGUAUGUUGGUAGAGCCCAGAAGAAGUCUGAGAGGGAAAUGGAACUAAAGGUUAGGUAUGAGCAGAGUUUGAGGGAAGCAGCAGACAAGUUUCAGAGUUCCAACUUGUAUGUUAAGAACUUAGAUGACAGCGUUUCUGACGAGAAACUCAAGGAGCUCUUUACACCUUAUGGCACUGUUACAUCUUGCAAGGUGAUGCGGGAUCCUAAUGGCAUAAGCAGGGGAUCUGGUUUUGUAGCAUUCUCAACUCCCGAAGAAGCAACCAAAGCUAUGUCAGAGAUGAGUGGUAAAAUGAUUGAAAACAAACCUCUCUAUGUUGCUGUUGCUCAGCGAAAGGAGGACAGAAGGGCCAGACUCCAGGCUCAGUUUUCUCAAAUGAGACCAGCUGCAAUGCCACCAAUUGUUGGUCCUCGUAUGCCGAUGUAUCCCCCUGGUGGUCCCGGUAUCGGACAACAAGUGUUUUAUGGUCAGGGACCUCCUGCUAUGAUUCCUCAGCAGGCCGGGUAUGGCUACCAGCAGCAGAUGGUUCCUGGGAUGAGACCUGGUGCUGCACCGAUGCACAACUUCUUCAUGCCAAUGGUUCAGCAGGGCCAGCAACGUCCUGGAGGGAGACGCCCUGGAGGGAUCCAACAAUCCCAGCAGCAGCAACAAGUUCCUAUAAUGCAGCAGCAGCAGCACCAGAUGCACCCGAGGGGACGCAUGUUCCGGUUUCCUCAAGGCCGUGGGAGUGGUGGUCCCCCUGAUGUGCCUGGAAUGCUUCCGUAUGAGAUGCCUAGUAACAUGCCGUUGCGUGAGCCUGUGAUUCCUCAGCAUGUUCCUAUUGGAGCUUUGGCUACAUCCCUUGCUAAUGCUUCUCCUGAACACCAGAGGACGAUGCUUGGUGAGAAUCUGUAUCCGCUUGUGGAGCAGCUUGAACCAGAGUCUGCAGCUAAAGUGACUGGGAUGCUUUUGGAGAUGGAUCAGACCGAAGUGCUCCAUCUCUUGGAGUCGCCUGAUGCACUUAAGGCUAAAGUAGCUGAGGCUAUGGAGGUUCUCAGGAGUGUCGCUGCGGGUGGUGCAGCGGAGCAGCUUGCUUCUUUGAACCUCGGCGACAACCCUGUCUCUUAA